GAAAAAUAGACCCUAAUGUAAUCAUUCCAGCCUCUAUUAUGAACGUCAAGUCCCACACUGCCUUCUAAGUUUUAUCUUAAUCUUGUCACAAAGCAUCUGUUUGACAACUGUAUGGUAGCAGCACAAUCUCUCAGAUCAUGUAUACAAACAACGACCCCCAGAAAAUAACUUCUGCCACGGACGAUGUCGCGAGCAGCAGCGGCAAUAGCUCGGGAGAUAAACACACGUCUAUCGAGUACACGGAAGAAGAUCCCUCAGAGUUCCCUGAUGGCGGAUGGCGAGCUUGGUCAGUGGUUUUGGGUUCAUGGUGUGCGUUGCUUCCAAGCUUCGGUCUUAUGAAUAUCACGGGGAUCCUAGAGGAGUGGCUAGCAGACCACCAACUGCAGAACUACUCUAAGGCAUCGAUCUCCUGGAUCUUUAGUUUAUGGUUCUUUCUCUUCUACCUCGGUGGGAUUCAAGCCGGACCCGUCUUCGACUCACACGGUGUUAAGUAUACUCUGCUUCCGGGGUGUAUCGGUUUUACGGCAUCAAUGAUGAUACUUAGUGUCGCACAAGCGUACUACCAGUUUAUCCUCGGGUUCAGUAUCGUGGGCGGUCUUUCUGCAUCGGCCAUUCUACCCCCAGCGUUUGGCACCAUAAAUCAUUGGUUUUACAAGCGUCGGGGCUUGGCUACCGGCGUCUCCUGUACCGCCGGUGGGAUCGGUGGCAUCAUAUUCACAUACAUCUUCGGAACGCUCCGAGACCGAAUUGGGUUUCCUUGGGCAGUCAGAGUGCUUGGUUUCGUGUUCCUGGGCUGCUUUAUCGUUAGCAUGUUUUUCACCAGAACGAGACUGCCUUCAAAUAACUCCAAGGGCUGCAUGAUUGACCUUCGUUCCUUGCGAGAACCGGCAUUCACAAUGACUUCCAUCGCCGUCACCGCCGCAGAAGUCGGCCUGAUGGUCGUUCUCACAUAUCUGCCUUCAUAUGCUUCGUCGCACGGUUUAACCGGUCCCCUAUCAUACGAGCUGAUGUCUAUCUUCAGCGCCGCAUCUAUUCCAGGCCGAGUUAUCCCCGGGAUUCUAGCAGAUCGCUGGGGCCGGUUUAACGUCAUGAUCAUCACUGGGUCCAUUUGUACUAUACUGAUCCUUGCACUAUGGCUUACGGCCAAUGAGAGCAAAGCAGCUAUUAUAAGCUUCGCUGUCUUUUUCGGCUUCUGGGCCGGUCCGGCUAUUAGUCUGACGCCAGUGUGUGUGGCCCAGAUCUCCCGGACGGAGAACUAUGGCAAACGAUAUGGGACGACGAGUACAAUAAUGGGUCUCUGUCUCUUGGUAGCUAUUCCGGCGGCAGGAGAGAUUCUCAAGGCGCAGAAUCCGUUGACGCAUGAGGAGACGACGUAUUGGGGAUUGAUUGUCUUCUGCGGGCUGUCGUAUGCUUGCUCGGCACUGUUCCUGAUACUGACCAAAGGUAUCUCUGUGGGAUGGAGUGUGGCUCGCAUAUUCUAA